CGAAGCCCAGGCUGGCAGAUAAGCAGCAGCAGAGGCAGCUGCUCCAGGAACCUGGAUCCCGAGCACAGCUGGAGGCAGGUCCAGCUGCCUCAGAGGGACCAGAUUCUUUGCACCCCCCACCCUCGCCCCAUGCCCCAUCAACCUGGUGAUGAGGGGCUCCCAGCUCUGGAUAUUGUUCCUGAUGCUUUUCCUGAGGGGGUCUGUGUCCCCCAGAGCGGAGACAGGCUCUGAGGGGCAGACGGCGGGGGAGCUGUACCAGCGCUGGGAACGCUACCGCAGCGAGUGCCAGGCACUCCUGGAGGACGCGGAGCCUCCAGCAGGGCUCGCCUGUAACGGAUCCUUCGAUAUGUAUGUCUGCUGGAACUAUGCUGCACCCAAUACCACUGCCCGUGCAUCCUGCCCUUGGUACCUGCCGUGGCACCGCCAUGUGGCCACGGGCUAUGUCCUCCGCCACUGUGGAGCUGAUGGCCAGUGGGGACCUUGGAGAGACCAUUCCCAGUGCGAGAACCCAGAGAAGAAUGGGACCUUUCAGGACCAAAGGCGGAUCUUGGAGCGGCUGCAGGUGGUGUACACAGUUGGAUACUCCUUGUCCCUUGUCACGCUGCUCCUGGCCCUGCUCACCCUGAGCUUCCUCAGGAGACUGCGCUGCACUCGCAACUACAUCCACAUCAACCUGUUCGUGUCAUUCAUGCUGCGGGCUGCCGCCAUCCUCUCGCGAGACCGGCUGCUCUCCCCGCCUCGACCCUACUCUGGGGACCGGGCUCCGACCCCAGGGACCCAGACACUCGCUGCUUGCCGCGUGGCCCAGAUCGUGACCCAGUACUGCGUGGGCGCCAACUACACGUGGCUGCUGGUGGAGGGCGUGUACCUGCAUAGUCUGCUGGUGCUGGUGGGAGGAUCGGAGGGGGGUCACUUCCGCUGCUACCUGCUGUUUGGCUGGGGGGCCCCCGCGCUUUUCGUCAUUCCCUGGGUGAUCGUCAGGUACCUGUACGAGAACACGCAGUGCUGGGAGCGGAACGACGUCAAGGCCAUCUGGUGGAUCAUACGCACUCCUAUUCUCAUGACCAUCUUGAUUAACUUCCUCAUCUUCAUCCGCAUUCUCGGCAUCCUCAUUUCCAAACUGAGGACAAGACAGAUGCGCUACCCCGACUACCGCCUGAGGCUGGCCCGCUCCACGCUGACGCUAGUGCCCCUGCUAGGGGUCCACGAGGUGGUGUUUGCUCCAGUGACAGAGGAACAGGCCGAGGGGACCCUGCGCUUCGCCAAGCUGGCCUUUGAGAUCUUCCUCAGCUCCUUUCAGGGCUUCCUGGUCGGUGUGCUCUACUGCUUCAUCACCAAGGAGGUGCAGUCGGAGAUCCGCCGCGCCUGGCACCUCUGUCGCCUGCACCGCAGCCUCGGUGAGGGGUCACGCCGGCCCUCGGAGCGCGCCUCUGGGACCCUGCCCUUGGGCUCCGACCCGGGCCAGGUCCCCACCGGCCGUGUCCUGUCUUUAGGCCCCCUCCCAAAGCCUGCGGAUGAGGCCAGCCGGGUCAUGGAAAGUUACUGCUAGGAGGCAGGAUGCCUGUAUCCAUUUGUUAGAGUGUUUAUUGAGCGCUAGCUGGAUACCGGACUUGGUGUGGAAAGCGCUAGGGAAAGUGGCAAAAGGAAACGGAUGGCAGGCCCUUGGUCUUCUAAGAAUCACAACUGAGUAGGUGGGGGUGGGGAAAGGAAUAGUGAAGAUGAAAGUACAUCAAGUAACAUGUACUGGGCGGAGGCAGAGCAUAUGCAAAAGUCCUGGGGCAGGAAGGGGCAUGGCCAGCAUAAUGAGCUGAGACCUGUGGUGACAGCAAUGUGUGAGCAGAGCCAACAGUUGUGGAGGGAGAAGUGGUUGGGCUACUCAGAUUGGGUAUGAGCAGUGAUGUCUGGGCUCAUAUUUGAAACAGAUCCCUGCUAUGAAGGGGAACAAAGGAUGAGGUUCAGAGGUGGGAACUGGGAGCACAGGAAUAGGGAGGCUGAACCCACAAGACACACAGGGCAGAGCGAGAGCAGCUGCGAUAGUAUAGCUGAGCGGAGGAGCUGAUGGAAGGCGGGAAGCACCUAGAAAGAGUCCCCCAUUUGGGAUAGAGGGGAGGCGGGUCGGGGUGGAGGUCACUUCCAGGUGGGGAGAGCCAAGGUGCUCUUUGGAUGGGUUAAGCUGCGGACAAGGAUCUGGGGAAUGGCUGGCAAGAGAGAUACAAGCAGCCCGUCUCAAGGGGAUUUAGGGUGCAGGGGCAGGCCUCAGCGGGAACAUUACGUGCAGCUAGAACUGGAUGUUUUCUUACCCUCCUGGGCAGCCCCUGGGGAUCGGGGGUGACAGUCCAUCUUCUGGGCUAGACCACCCUCAAAGAAGCCCCACCUCUCCUCCCCAAUUCUUCCUUCAGACACUUAAGACUAAGUACUGGGGAGCUGGUACUACUUUCCUUGGUGAACCCAGUCCCCGGAGCACAUGGGGUCACUGGGCCACAGGGCGGGCUCUGGGGGGCAGGGGAUCUUGUAAAUAAACUGAGAUACACCGCUGGCUUUUGUAUUCACGGGGCAGGAUAGAGGGAAAGGACUGAGGCUGGCGUUGGGGCUGGGAGAACUGGGGUGCCAGGCAGCCACGCUUCCCCCUCUGCCAGGUACCAGAGAUGCCCCU